UCGUGCGGUCCACACGUUUUCCGACAGCCGCAAACGUCACAAAGCCUGCGAAAAGUCCGUCGCCGCAUAUCCGAGUCGAAAAAAAAAAAUCAAAUAAAUUCGGUUGACUUUUUUUUGUUAAAAAAAUCGUUUUCCCAUCAAGUUGCCCGUCAAAAAAAAAAACAGAACAGAACGGUUCAGAAAUGUGUCCGCCGGUCAAUUAGCGCCAGAGCCGACGACCGUCGUCAUGUGGUGGUGGAUAAUCGGGACCUCCGUGGUCGGCGUGGUGACUUGUCUGAAAGAUGUGUUCAUCGAAGUGCCGAUCGCCAUCAAAGAAGGCAGCACGGCCGUUAUGCGCUGUGAAUACGACUUGGAACAGGAGACUUUGUACACGGUCAAAUGGUACAAAGGGCGACAGGAGUUUUUCCGUUACGUGCCCAAAGAGUUGCCUCACACUCGGGUGUUUCCCUUGGCCACCAUCAACGUGGACGUCAGCGAAUCCGGAGCCAACCAAGUGGUUCUGAGGCAAGUGACCGCCGAUCUGGACGGCAAGUACAGGUGCGAGGUGAGCGCAGAUGCGCCGACGUUCCAUACGGAAAUCGUAGCCGCGUGGAUGCACGUUGUCCGAACAACUGACGGUAAACCAGAAUUACAGCUGGAAAAAUCGCAAUACACAAUCGGCGAAAAGUUACGAGCAAAUUGUUCAUCGCCGCCGUCGAAUCCGCCAGCCAAUAUUACUUGGUUCAUCAACGAUAAAGAGAUGGGCAACGGUAAGGUGUACAGGAUACCGACUGUUCGAUCUUCAACACCGUUGUACAAGAGCGUGUCGUCGAUUGAAUACGACGUUUUGUCCUCGGGCAAAAUUAAAGUGCGUUGUCAAAGUGAUAUUUACCGUGUAAUAGGGUCCGAAACUCAAGUGAUGUUGGACGAAGACAAACCCAGACUGGCUUCUAUUCUGCAACCCCACGGCCAUUCUUCAGGUUUAAAAGAAGCGUAUUCAUUCCAAUCAAUGGUAUUGACAUUGAUCGUGCUCGCGGUUUUGAGGUAACGAACUCAACAAAAACAACUGCAGUAAUCAGACUCUAAUCAAAUGAUAAUAAAUGUAAUAUUCAUUGAUCCAAUGAUUUAUAUAAACCGUGUACUUAAUAAUUAUUAUAUUGUAUAUACAUUGUACAUUUGUACAUUUGUUAUUACUGUACAACACGUCAGCGUUGUACCAGAAAGUCUUCGGGGAUUUGUAUUUAAAGGUUAUCGAAAUCUUGUUUAUUUUUUUUUUUACCAAUGAAAUUCAUUUUUUAAAGCGCGUACACUGAUACAAUUCGAAUGAGCUUAACUAAAUGUUUACAAAUGUAUAUUUGUCGCAGAUACAAUCACUUCUGGGACAGCUCUAUCUAUCAAUGUGUGGAUCGUUUCGCAAAAAGUGGCCGCUGUCAGUACUGAAAUUUUACAAAAAAAAACUUUGAACUUUAUUCAGUCGUUAUAGAAACGUUUUUUAGAAACCCCAUUUUCCAACUCCAAGGGAGUGACACCUAGAGGUCUGAAGAUUUCGAUGAAAACUGGUUAUCAUGGUGGUUUUAGGGAUAAAAAAAAUUGAAUUUUAACGAUACGCAUUUACUGUCAUAUAACGUCGUAUUCUAAUGAACAAAUUCUUAACACAACAGGCAAGUGCCAAGUACCAAAGUCGGGAUAAACUCGAGAUGUUAGCCCAUAGUUUACUGUUGAUCAAAUGGUAUUUCUGCAACAAGCCAGAGGUACGAGGAAAUGGCUAAUAAUUGAUUUUUUUUACCUUUGAUAUUGAACAAUAUCAAUGUUUCUGAUUGACAAGAAUGCACCAUAAAUGGGCAAUUAUUGAGAUAUGCUUGAAAUUAUGAUAAUCUCUCACAAUUUGCCACGGGAACACAAAUAGGCACCAUUUUCGGCGAAAUAACCCAUUUACGAUUUAACAGAAAUAAUAUAUAUUAUAUACGCAUACAUAGAAAAGCAGAAGAGCCGAGCCCGUCGACAAAAAGGUAUGAGAAGGGUACUUAGUCUGGUGUGGAUAAAAAAUGGGUAAACACAUUUGCCCUUUGGGAAUUCCAAGCCACGGUCAUUGCUUAGUCGUAAAGUCUAAUAGACCUCUUGUUGGUAUAAAAUCCGUUUGGGUUUUCCACCCUAAUAUUUCUGUCAGUUUAAAAUAGAAUCGGGUUAAAUAGAAAUGUCAUAGUAACUUCGGAAAGUGUUAGAAAUCAAUUUAUAUUUGUAAGUACAACAUUAUAACAAGUGUAUUGGAAUUUAUUCUGAAGUGCAAAUAAUUAAUAUUAAAUAAAAUAUCACAGAAGGCGAAACAAAUAAAUUAACACUUCGAAAAUAUCUUAAAAAUGUUUAAUAAACCCUUUUUUUACUAUAAACAUAUUUAAAACUUUAAUAUUGGAUUUUAAACAUAUAAUCGUUAUUGCGCUUGAUGAUAUUUAAUGAAUAUCAGAAGGCUUUAAUUGGGAAACAAGUGAUGCCAUUCAUUGUUAAAUACUACCUAUUAUAUUUAUGUUAAAUUUAAACUACAAAAUAACUUAUCUCAGUUACUUUAUACGCCCGUUUAAAAGAUUAAAUUUCCAUCUUCUGAUACCCGAAGUUUUUCUGUUAAAAAUAUGACAUGCUUUAACUACAUAAUAAUACUAUUAUGUUGGCCUAAUGGAAAAUGUAUGAGAAAUUAACAGAUGGAUAAACAGAUUUGAGUAAUUAAAAAAAAACGCCCAAACUAAAAAUACAUUGGAAAAAAAUUUGGCUCUUGACUAAAUCACUAAUCAAUACAUUUGAUUGAGUUAAAGUAAACUAGAAAUAAUUUAUUAAGCGGAAAAAAUGUGCAUUUGCUUUACUCAAUGUUAAAAAAAUACCUGGUAGCAAUUUGAUUCAAACUAAUUUC